GCGUGUUCCCCACUCCGGAACCCAAGAGGAACUCCGAGUCCUCCAAAGCGCCACCGCCUGCGGGAUGGAUCGACGCUGGUUUUGAUAACGCUUUUGUCCAGCUACAAAACACUUUACCAUCACCCCAAAGACCUCAUGCGGACAACCCCCGUCAGAGCGGACAGCUGACGAGGUCGCUGUCAGUUGAAUUUUUGUUUCCCGUGCCUUGUCUGGUACCUGUCAGCUUUGCAGUGUCUGGCAAUGCAGCUAUGGACAAGCUCGGGCAGAGGCACCCAUUGCCUCUUUUGCUUCUUUCGAGUUCGAUCUGUGUUUCCUCAAACUGAGCGAUCAUUUUCGACAACUUCUGUCCUUGCUAGAGCUGGAAAGUCUUCGACUUCUGAUAGUAGCCGUCGCGCGUUGAAAACUACAUCAAAGAGCUCGAAGAAACCGCCAACUCAUCUCACUCAGUCAUUCCGUCACAUUUUAGCGGGUGAAGAUUUCCCAGCCGUCGUCGCAUCGGUAUUGCACGAUUCGAAGGAGAAAUUACAUCCAUCCGAUCCGGCGCUCAAAGGCUGGGGCAGGAUCCAGCGGUUCGUUCUAAAUGCAUCCAAGCUAGAGAACCGGGGGAACAACAGCUCAGGAUGGAGUCCUUUGCGACAGCUAAACUUGUCGCUGAGACAGGCCUAUCUUCGACGGGGCAUUCCAGGUCUGAGAAAGGAACUCGACCAUUUCAUACGAUCGGACGCCAUCACGAAUCAAUACUCUACCCCGAAUCUCGCAGAUCAGAGGAAGGUUACAGACCUGCGAUAUCCGGCUGAAUGGUAUCCCCAUGCGCGGUCAAUGCAACGGACAAUCCAUCUGCACGUUGGCCCUACCAACUCGGGAAAGACCUAUCACGCCUUGAAGCGUCUCGAGUCGUCAAAGCAUGGUUUUUAUGCUGGUCCGCUGAGAUUGCUAGCCCAAGAGGUCUAUCAUCGGUUCAAUGCUAAGGGUAUACCAUGUGGUCUUGUUACCGGCGAUGACGUCAAAUUCCCAAGUGACCAGCAACCACGUAUCGUGAGCAAUACAGUUGAGAUGGUUGGCCUUGGAAAGGAGUUCGAGGUUGGAGUUAUUGAUGAGAUCCAAAUGAUUGCUGAUCCGAAACGAGGCUGGGCUUGGACUCGCGCGGUGCUGGGCGCCCGCGCUACAGAACUUCACCUCUGUGGAGAAACAAGGGCUGUUCCUCUCAUUCGGGAACUCGUCGCUCUCACCGGAGAUACGCUCGAGAUCCAUCACUAUCAGCGACUGAACCCUUUGAAAGUCAUGUCCAAGAGUAUAAGGGGUGAUUUGAAGCAACUUCGAAAAGGCGACUGUGUGGUAUCUUUCUCGCGUCUCGGUAUACAUGCUUUGAAAGCGGAGAUCGAGAAGGUGACCGGAAGACGAGCGGCUAUUGUCUACGGCAGUUUACCGGCUGAGAUUCGAACCCAGCAGGCAAGUCUGUUCAAUGACCCUGACAAUGACUACGAUUAUCUCGUUGCCAGUGAUGCGAUUGGAAUGGGUCUCAAUCUGAGCAUCAAGCGCAUUAUCUUCGAGACAUUGGUGAAAAGGAUACCCGGUGGCCUCGUCAGGCUCACCGUUCCUGAGAUCAAGCAGAUAGCAGGACGUGCAGGACGGUAUCGGCCAGCCACAACUUCGCAUGCCAAAUCAGGUGCCAGCGAGGAGCCUGACGUUGGGCUCGUUACCUCACUUGAAGAAGUAGAUCUGCCGUAUAUUCAACAGGCCAUGAGCAUCGAGCCUGCUCCGCUGCGCGCAGCGGGUAUAUUUCCCCCGGAUUCAGUGCUCCAAAACUUUGCUGCAUAUUUCCCUCCUGAUGUUCCUUUCCAGUACAUAAUCAAGCGUGUAUUGGACCUGGCCCAAGUACACCCUCUGUUCUUCAUGUGUGACCCCGUUUCUCAACUGCAGAACGCAGAGCUCAUCGACGCUGUGCCUGGACUUCGGAUCGACGAUCAACUUGUCUUCAUGGCUGCUCCAAUCUAUGCUAGGGACCCAUCAGCGCAGGCUGUCACUCGUGCCUUUGCCAGGUGUGUGACUGAGAAUUCUGGCGGGCGUCUACUUGACAUCCCAGAAUUGAAACUUGAGAUAUUGGAGCAGCCUGUGUCAGGAAAAAAAGAGUACUUGCACGAGCUCGAAAGCUUGCACAAGUCUAUCAUUCUUUACUCAUGGCUGAGUUUCAGAUUUGGUGGCAUUUUCACGGAUAGGACCCUCGCAGCUCAUGUGAAGGAACUUGCAGAGGAGAGGAUGGUGAGAGCUUUGACAGAGUUCUCCGCCAACAAAAAGCUCAUGAAGGACGCUUCGCUUCGCGCUCAGAUUGCGCUGCAAAAGCAAAUGCAGGAGCGGGAUCGCUUACUUGCUGAGGCGAACCUCGACGCUACGAAUCAGGACACUCUCCCUAUCAAUCUUUCUGCCGAGGAGACGAGGCUCGAAUCUGCGGAUCAGGACCUUCUCCCUGUCGAGAGCUCAACAGAGGACUUGUCAGCAGAGGAGAACAGUCAACCGUCUUCCCCCUACCAGACAGGGGCGUGAGAUUGGUAUAUGUUGAAUGCUGUUCGGCGCAGUAGAAGGUACGCUGCUCUUGUAGCCUUCUAUCCAACAGCAAACCCGGGAAAGAUC